AUGUACGACUUUUCUUUCUCCGUGCCUUGGGGGCUCGCCUCCAUCAUCAGCGGGAUCGUGGGUCUGUCGCGUCACAAUGACCAGUCGUAUGGCAUCGUCAUCCUUAGCGGCAUCCUGUUCAUCGGCUUGUCGGUGCGGAGCAUCAAGCGCUUUUUCAGGGGCCAGCUGUCGCCUGAUGGCGUGAUUGUGAAGCUUGCCGUCACAUCGGGCCUGACGUACUGGACGUACCGGCGGUACGAGGCGACUAAGGACGUGCAUCCCGCGGGCGCGCUGGCGGCGAUGGGGGCGUUCAUGAUCCUGUUUUAUGUCUGGAACCUCUUCUUCGGCCCUGCGCCCCUGGACCCGCCGCCGCCCUACACCGCCCCCAAGAAGCGCCAGUAG